AUGAAUUUAUCGAAUGAAGAUCGGGAUAGCGAACACAGCGAGGACGAUACGACUACAUUUGAAGUUGAUCAUACCGAUUAUUUUACCACUACUCAGUUGUUUGACUCAAAGGAUGAGGUAGUGGUUUGGGUGAGGUUCGUUGCAAGAGGUCUUUUUGUGAAAAUAGUAAAAAGAAGCAGUCCUAAAAAAAAGAUUUUUUUGACUUGUGACCUAUUCGGGGAAAAACGAGAAUGUCCAUCAACUAAUCCAGAAGCGCGCCCGAGAAGGACCGGUAGCAAAAAGAUAGGCUGUGGUUUUUAUAUUGUCGGAGAGCUACGAUGGGAUGAUAAAUGGGAGGUCAGAGUAAUAUACGGGAAGCAUAAUCAUGUUCCGAUAUACAAGUCCGGGCAUGGGAUGAGUGCAUUGUCUCAGGAGGAGGCGAAGAUCAUUAGUGAUCUGUCACAAAGUCAUGUGCCGCCCAAGAAGAUUUUGGCUAACUUGAGACAAAAUGGUUUGGGCCUCGAUGCUUAUUCAAAACAAAUAUACAAUCAGAAGGCGAAAUUGAAAAGACUAUCUAGGGGUGACCGUACAGUGAUGCAACAUUUGAUUGGGUUGCUUGAGGAGCAUAACUAUUACAAGUGGUUCCGCACUGAUGAAACUACACAUGCAGUUACUGAUUUGAUGUGGGCUCACCCUCAAUCUGUGGAAUUGUUAAGUAAGUUUCCGUACGUAUUACUACUUGACAGUACUUACAAAACAAAUCAGUACAAAUUGCCUUUGUUGGAGAUUGUUGGUGUUACUCCUGUCGGGAAAAAUUUUACUGUUGCAGUCGCAUUUUUGCGCCAUGAAAAUGAAGACCAUUACACAUGGGUGUUGCAAAAGCUGAAGAGACUUUUCCCCCCUCAGACUCUACCUAGUGCCAUCGUGACGGAUCGAGAGUUAGGGCUCAUAAAGGCGCUAGAGAAUGUAUUUCCGACCGUACCUCAUCUCUUAUGUCUUUGGCACAUUAACAUGAAUGUGGGGCGUCGUGCUUCAAGAUGUCUCGGCAAUAGUAGGCGUCGCGGCACGGCUUUUGUAGUUGGCGUGUGGCAAACUUUGGUAAAAUCAGUGUCUGAAGAAGAUUUCGCCAGGAAUUACACAGCUUUGACGGACGAGUACGCGAAUUAUCCAGAUUUGAUUGAGUAUCUCCAAUACACUUGGCUCGUAUACAAAGAGAAAUUUGUAAAAGCAUGGACGGAUCUAAUUUUCCAUUUGGGUAAUACAUCGACAAGCAGGGUGGAGAGCAACCAUAGAGCAUUGAAGAGAUGGUUGGAAUCGUCCACGGGUGGCUUCGACACAUUUUGGGCACAGUAUCACUCAAUGAUGAAAGAUCAAUUUAACGAGAUACUAGCCGAUUUUGCAAAAUCAAAGAGGAUUCGGGCCCAGACGAUCAACGUGCCCGUAUUUAAAAUAUUGUCCAGUGGAAUUGUAACACAUAAUGCUCUGCAGAUGUUGGACGAUGAGAAGGAUGAAGACAUAGACGGUUGCGUCUGUUAUAUGAGGAAAUGUCUUGGACUCCCAUGCAGACAUGAAAUUCGUGCAAAGAUGAAUGCACGACGUGGUGUGUUUUAUGCAGAGGAUGUCCACAUUUUUUGGAGGACAUUUAUUUCGGGAUUCGGGGAUUCCCUAGAUGAAAGUGUUGGUUCUGUUCCCGACCACAGGUCACAGGCUAUUGGCAGGCUAGAAGGGUUAAUGAAUGAUUUGCGUGAGCGGUCAGAAAUUGAGAUCACGGACGUGACAGAUGUCAUUUUUGAACGAAUGCAUCCCGGGGCCAUGGAAAUGAAUGCGCCACAAGUACUAGACUGCCCGAGAGGUAGACCGCGGACGAACUCUACACAGAGGGAUUGGUCAGGGCAUGAGUUUCCAUUAUUUCCGGGAGAAGGUGAAGAGUCUGGACGAGGGCGAGGACGAGGACGAGGACGAUCACGAGGCAACAGAGGGCGUGGUUCAUCUUCUGAGAGAUCUAGCCGUGGUCGUGCUCUGACCUUCGAUCCACUCUUAUCCACGAACAACAACUUUCCGAGCAAGUAUGCUCGUACUCGAUACGCGGAAGGAAAGGUAGAAUUGUCGCCAUAUUUCACCUCCAAAUCAUCUAACCGGGGUCCGCCACCAUACCACCAAUGCUCCAUAAGUGCGGGGUCGACUCCGAAAGCUCUCGCACCAAGCUGGAUCGCGUCGGCCUUAUCCAUCCAGACGUUAGGGCGAGUUCCACUAACUCGCAAACCCAUGAUGAAAUGCACGUCGUGCAGGGUAAUUGUCAUCUCACCGAAUGGCAUGUGA